AUGGGGUCAAUGUGUCCUCCUAUCAAUAUCAAUGUCCUCCCGGCUGGAUCACCUCAGCAAUCGAUACAUCCUCCUGCUAACGACGCCAUACCUACCGCGCCCGACUGUACUGAAUUUAUCAUGGUUGACGGCCUGUUAGAUAUCGCCGUGGAGGAAUAUACUGAAUGGCAGCAAUCGCGGGUGAGCAACGAGACUUUCAGGGAAAACAUCAACAAAGCACGCGAUGUGACCCUCGAAAACUGUCUCGACCUCAUGCAGAUUUAUGAGGAUCAGGACCCAGGUUUCUUUGUCAAGCACGGCGUGAAAGUAGGUGCCGCCCGGCGGUUCGUUCGUGACAUUGGCCUUUGGGUGAAACGGCGGAGAGAAGCGACUUGCAGCGACAUUUUCCUUUAG